UUGUGCAAGGGUGCUAUAGACGCACCAAAAAACGAAGCAAAGAGCCACAAAUCAAGCCCCCCGAUCAAAAAACAAAUGAGCUCUUAUUUUGUAAACUCAUUUUGCGGUCGCUAUCCAAAUGGCCCGGACUACCCGUUACAUAAUUAUGGAGAUCCUAGUGCCGUGAGCGAGCAAUUCAGAGAAUCCGCCAGCAUGCAUUCCGGCAGGUACGGCUACGGCUACAAUGGCAUGGAUCUCAGCGUCGGCCGCUCGGCUUCCAGCCACUUUGCGGCUGGGGGGGCCCCAGAGAGGGCGCGCACCAGUUACCCCUCCAACAGCACCUCCGCCGCCCCCGAGGCCAGGUACAGUAGCCGGGCGGCCGCCGCGGCCACGUCGACUCACUCGCCUCCGCCUGACCCGCUGCCCUGCGCGGCCGUGGCCACCUCGCCUGUCAGCGGCGACGCUCAUCACGGCGGCGUGAAAAACUCCACCGCUAACUCGACCAGCACUUCGUCCACUUCCAGCAGCAGCAGCAGCAGCACCACCAGCACCAGCAGCAGCAGCACUGGCAACACCCACCUAGGCAGAGACGGGCUCAGCACGUCGCCUGGCACCGAAGACGACGCCCCAGCCAGCAGCGAGCAGCCGAACCCCCCGCAGAACGACCAAAGCCCAGCCCAGCAGCCGCCCCAGCCCCAGAUCUACCCCUGGAUGCGGAAGCUGCACAUAAGCCACGACAACAUAGGGGGGCCCGAAGGGAAACGGGCUCGGACUGCUUACACCCGCUACCAGACCCUGGAGCUGGAGAAAGAGUUCCACUUCAAUAGAUACCUGACCCGCAGGAGGAGGAUUGAAAUCGCACAUGCUCUUUGCCUCUCAGAGAGACAAAUCAAGAUCUGGUUCCAAAACAGGCGCAUGAAAUGGAAAAAGGAUAACAAGCUGAAGAGCAUGAGCAUGGCCGCGGCAGGAGGAGCCUUUCGCCCCUGAGAGCAAUCCCAGCCCAGCUCCUGCCUUCCCGGAAAGGGAGGCAGGGGGGAAAAAGUACUGAGCAGUCUUCUCUGAGCUGACCCUGCGUGGAAUGUCACUCGCCGGUUUCUCCCGCUCCCGCUCCCCUCCUCUUUCUCUCUCCGUCCCUUUUCCGUUUGACUUGCCCCCAACUUCCCUGGGAGGCUUCUGCCGAAGCAGCUCCCGGCAUCUUUGAAUCACGAGCCUGUUUAAUUGAGCCUUCCUAGCGCGUAGUAGAUCCGCUUCCCCGUGCAUUUCUUUGUCUUGAAUGGCUUUGUCUUGGGAAAAAAUGUAGAUGUUUUAACUUAUUUAUAUGAAGCGAGUCGUGUUACUUGAAGUAACUGUAAGGGGGGGGGGGACUACACACACACACAUAAAGGCCAGGAGAGAGAACUCGUCUCUCUCUCCCCCCCUCUCUCCCCCCGUCUUGUUUUAGCCCCCAUGUUCUCUCUGUGUUGCACUCGCUUGUGCUUAACUGUGCAUGUGUGUUCAAAAGUGUCGGUGUCUGUAUAGCUCCAAGCUGUGGCCAAGAUUUCCAAUCAAAAACUACCUAAAUUCCUGUGUCAUUAAUGGCUGUUGUAGAGGUGAAAUGAUGAAAUACAACCGAACGUGUCCUAACGUGUAGUGAAUAGUGAAUCUGUGGCGAAAACUGUGAUUCCAGACAGUAUGUCCUUGCUGUGCCUUUGUAUAUGACUCUUUGCACGAACUCUUAGAAGUGGCUUUUAUUAAGCUCAGCUUCAGUAACGUCUAGUUCUCUCUUUUUUUUCCUUUCUCUUUGGUGGACAAAGUUACAAAUAGAGUCAAAGUUUGGCUGUUUGAGCAAAAAUGUGAUCGACUUUUUUUUAAAUGUUUUUUUUUUAAAUCACUGACUGGACAAAUAAACUUUCUAUUGUAAGUUUUUCCCCCUUUCUUUCUCCCCUGCCCUCCCCGCCAUCUGCGCCUAUUCUAGUUUGUGCCUCCUU